CCACAGCGGCGGACGGAGCCUUGUCUCAGCGAGGCCGGCCCCGCUGAUUCUGCCGGUGGGUCUCCAGGGCGCUCGGGGAGACGCGGUGCUCCCGAGCCAGCUGGGACAGAGCCACCCGGCCCUCGUGGCAGCCAGACAGGCCGGGGGACAGCGACCAACCCGCUUCCCCCCGAGGGCUCGGCCGUCACGCGCGGCGCGGCGCGGCCCGCCCGGACCUGCUCGCUAGAGCCCCAGGCACCCGAGCCCCCCCCGCGGGGCGAACCGACCCCCGACCCGGGCAGGGCGCGGCACCAGCCAGCGAGGCCCGUUGUGCUCCGGCACCGCUCGAGGCCGAGAGAAGCGGCUCGGGGAUCGCAGUCCCGCGCUAGGAGCCGGGAGACCCCAGGGACGCCGAGCCCCAGAUACCUCAACGGUCUCCACCGCGCCUAAAAAUCCCCGCCGGCCGAGGGCUCCUCAGCGCCGGCGGCCCGCACCCGGGUCCCCCCCGCCGCUGCCACCGCGAGCCCCGCACCACGCUGUAGCUCCGCGAUGCCCCCACAACGCCGCGCCGGAAGCGGAAGCAGCCAAAAGCUACCCCCCUCUCUCCCCACCCCCUUUCUGCAGCGGGACCCUGACUAGCCUCGCCCUACGCGACUAGCACAGCCAAUAGCAACGCAGAAGGGGCCGGAUUCAUAAGUCAGUGGGCGGGUCCAUCCGGAUGUGCGGCGCAUUAUUGGUGGUUUGGGUCGAUUGACAAAUGUUUUUAUCCACUCAAGGCCCGCCGUAUGAUCCCAGGCUCUGCCAAUAGGGAGGAAGCGCCGUGAUCAGGCGGAUAGGCUAGAAAAAGUCUCGCCUGCAUUCUAUUAGCAACGGAUGUGGAUUGACAGGUAUUUCUGCCCAUCUUUGGCUAAGGCUAUCCGUGACGUUUUGCCGCCUCUACCAAUGGGGAGGAGGAACGGACUGGAGGUGGAUCCGGUGCCUGUGUCUCUCAGGGUGGGACACUGCCGCUAGGGAAGGCCGCGAUGAGCGGUUCUUUGUGCUGGCUGCGCGCGGCCUCGCUGCUGCGCGGCGCCCCGCUGCGAUGGGGCGCGCGGCCCCUCAGCCAGGCCGCGGCCGGGGACGGCGGCCGAGGGUCGCGGGAGUCGGUGGAGCGGCUGGUGCGGGCGCACCCCGUGGUCGUGUUCAUGAAGGGCAACCCGGCCCAGCCCCUGUGCGGCUUCAGCAACGCCGUGGUGCAGAUCCUGCGCCUGCACGGGGUGCAGGACUUCCAGGCCUACGACGUGCUGCAGGACCCCGACCUCCGGCAAGGAAUUAAAAACUACUCCAACUGGCCUACCAUCCCUCAAGUAUAUCUUAAUGGUGAAUUUGUUGGUGGCUGUGACAUACUCCUCCAGAUGCAUCAGAAUGGAGACCUAGUGGAAGAGCUUAAGAAGUUAGGAAUCCGCUCUGCACUUUUGGAUGCAGAAAAAGACCAAGACAAAAAAUAAAAAAAGCAAGCUAUUUCAUUUAAAAAGAUGGGACUAUAAUAAACAAACAAAAUCUUUGACAAUACCUUAUUACCAGAAAAGCCUUAUGUAUUAUCUCAAAGGAGGCAUCUUUUUGAACUGACACUAAUGUUUGUCUAUUAGUAAACAAAUGGUAGCUCAUAGUACAGGUUAUCUGGUAUUUUGGUUUAAGGAUAUUCUGUUGUGAAAAUUUGAUUAUAACCAUUGCACUAUAAUUCAAAUGACUGUGGAACUGAAAUAAACAAGCAGCCUACUUCUACUUGUGUUAAUUCUUCUUGCCUGAGGCAGGAGUAAAUGAAAGAUUGUACAAUAUUUUUUUUGUGGUCUUCUGUGUAUAUCACUUGGCUAAUGCUUUGAUAUAUAAACCUAUGUAGAUAGUGUUUGUAGCUUUUUUUGCUUCUCUUGAAAACACUAUCAAAUAGCCACUGUCAUUCUUUAUGAACACUUGAAGAUAGGACUUCUUGGCAACCUGUAAAAUUGUUUGUUACCUGCGAAUCUGUUUAACAAACUGGAGGAAAACAGUCAGAUAAGUGAACUAUGAAAUACACCUUUAUUCCUACAGCUAUAAAUAAAUACAUUAGUAAAAACAAA